UAAAUUUUAAAAAAUGUAUAUAUAAUUUUAGAUAUAUAGAAAUAAAAUUUUUUUUGCAUUAUUUUAGUGAAUAUAUUAAUAACAAAAAGAAACUUAUAUUUUGAAUAUGUUAUCCAUAUUUUUUAUCAUAUUUUUUUUUAUUUAAAUUAUAAAUUGACUUUCGAUGUGAUACUUACUUCAAACAUAAAUAUUGUAUUGCUAUAUAUAAAACUAAUUGAAUAUAAAAUAUAAAAAAUGUCUGAACAAUCAAUUUAUGAUAUGGCUUAUCGUGGUAAAACUACAGAUGUCAAGAAUUUAUUAAAUGAAAAUGAAAAGUUAAAAAUAGCUAAGGAUAAUAAUGGUCGAAUGUUAAUACAUUGGGCAGCAUUAGGAGGACAUGAUGAUUUAGUGAGAUAUUUAUUAUCUCUUGAUGUACCAGUAGAUCCUACUGAUGAUACAGAUAUGACACCAUUAAUUUUGGCAGCAUCAGCUGGCCGUGAAAAAGUUGUUAAUACUUUACUAAUUGAAGGUGCAUAUGUUAAUGCCAAAACACAAGAAGGUCAUUCAGCAUUGCAAUAUGCAGCAUCAAAAAAUUGGAAAUCUAUUUGUGCUGCAUUAUUAGAAAAAGAUGCCAAUGUUAAUAUUACUGAUAAUCGUGGAGCUACACCAUUACAUAGAGCUGCAUCCAAAGGCAACAUUGCUAUUGUAAAACUUCUCAUAGAAUAUGGACGAAAUUUAGAUAUUGAUAGCAAAGAUGCUGAUGGAAAUAGUGCAUUACAUUUGGCAUGUGAAGAAAAUCGUGUUGAUGAAGCAAAAUUAUUAGUACAGAAUGGUGCUAGUACAACAUUGAAGAAUAAACAAAAGAAAACACCUUUAGAUUUAGCAACCCCAAGAUUGGUACAACAACUAAAAGAAAUAGAGGAAGAUUCAUCUUGAAUAUUAAAAAAAAAUAUUGAUAUCAUCUCAGUGAUAUCUCUUAAUCUUUAUUUUUAAAAUUAAUUUAACUUAUGACAAUAUAAAAAUUGUUUAACUUUAAGAUAAUAAUUUUUUAUUAUAUUAAAGAUAAUAUAUAAGAUAUAUAUGAUUAAAUGUUGUAUAUAUCUUUUUUUAAAUUAAAAUAAUUAUAAAAAAAUAAAAAACAAAAUUUUUUUAUAAUUUUUAUAAAAAAGAUUUAUAAAUAAUAUCCUAUAUUGUUUUUAAUUUUUUAUAUUUGCAAUAGAUAAAAGAUAAAUUUAAAUAUUAAUUAGUAUAUUAAAUAAUAAUAUAAAGUCAUUAAGCAUCAUAAAUCAUUUCAUAUUUUAUCUGUACAGUACAAAUAUUUUAAAAUAUUUAAAAAGAAAUAUUAAUUUUUGUUAAUAUCUUAAUAUUAUAAAAUAUUUAUAUCUAAAUAUGAAAUUUAAACAUUUUUUUCAUUUUACAAUCAUAUUAAUAGUUUGAUAAAAUUAUGUUAAAAUAAAACAAAUAUUUUAUCAUAUUGUUAAUUUUAUAUAAUGUAUCAAUUUCUGCAAUUUUCUUUUAUUGCACAAAAAAUUAAAAUUAACUAUUAUAAUGAAUUUCUAAAAUUGCAUAAGUACUUUAAAAAAUAAAACUUAUUAUUUAUAAAGAUAA